AUGGAGCAUAUGUCUGGUCUUAUGCGAACGACAUCCAGGUCGGAGAGUGAAAAUCAUUUUUUUGGUCAAGUGUGCAAUUCGAAAGCUACUCUUGUUGAGUUCAUGACACAUUUUGAGACUGCAAUAGAAGCACAGCGUCACACGCAUCCUGAGCUUAUUGGAGUUAUGGAUUGCAUAAAUCAACGUUACGAAGAUCAGCCUGAUGGGUUUGUUAAGUUUUAUGUAAAUGACUUCCAACAGCUUUGUACAUCCUUAUUUGAGGUAAUGUUCCGUAAGUCUGAUUGCACAUGCAGUUGCUCAUGCAGGCGUUUUGAACAGUUUGGUUUGCUAUGUAGACAUAUAUUCUAUGUUUUGAGACUUAUGGACAUUAGGGAAUUUCCAAAACAAUACAUUCUGAAUAGAUGGCGCAAAGAGGCCUCCCCAAACUGCUCUCCUGAAUUCUCAAUUAGUCGUGAAUAUAUGACCGAGCUUGAUCCUGAUGUGCAAAGUAUGAUGCGAGAUAUUAUUUAUUCAACCGAAUACACUUUGAACCGUUUAUCUGGUAAUAAAGAGGAGCUAUCCUUAUACAAGGAUCAUGUUUAA